GCAUCUUGGACGCUUAUUAUUCUGUCCGCGCGGUACGCAGAUUCCGAGAUUUUGCUGCUCCUGUGCUCGCAACCGGGACGACGUUUAUUACUACUGAGUGUGUUAGCGCGCGCGCUUCUCCAAACCAUCAAAAAACAUGAAACACGUGAUUGUUAUCUUCGCCACCCUGUUCGUACUCUGUGCCGUGCAGGCUCAGGAUGAGGUGCAGCUAGUGCAAUUCACCAACGACAACAACGUCGAUGGAAGCUACAAUUUUGCCUACGAACAGAGCGAUGGACAGAAGCGAGAAGAGAAGGGUGAGCUGAAGCCGGUGGAAGGAGCCGAUGAGCCAGCCCUGUCGGUGACCGGUUCGUACGAAUAUACUGACCCCAACGGACAGCGGUACCGCGUGGAUUACGUUGCUGACGAGAGAGGCUACCGUCCGACGGUGACCAAGCUGUAGAGGGAGGGAGCGGAAGCAAACAAAGGUCCGCCCACCAUCAACAGGGAACUCAGUGAGAUUCAACGGGAAAAACAGUAUACAAAGAAAUAAAAUGUGAAAAACAAAACCAUUCCCGAUUAA